AUGGCUGAACUCUCUAUUGCAGCAAGCGUUGCGGGGUUGCUCUCGCUUGGCAUUCAAGUCACUGAAUCUCUCGUGAAAUUUUACACUACAUACAAAGAGCAAGACACCGAUGUGGCCAGAACGACGGAAAGCCUUGAUAAUCUUCUGGGUAUCUUUCGAUCUCUCGAUAUCGUAUUACAGAAUCGUCAAUUUUCGAUCGACGAAAAAGACUUAGUUCAAGAAAUCAACCAGGCGAUACAGAAAUGUGAUGGAAUAAUUGAACAACUUCAAUCUGAGUGUGAUAGAUUUCAACAAGUCUCGGAGGCUAAUUUCAAGGGACGAAUCCAAACUGCUAAGAAUCGUGUGGCAUACCCAUUCCGAAAAGGCACCCUACAGAACCUUGAGGAGGACAUUCGCGAGAUACGUGAUAAUCUAUCAAUCGCGCUGAAUGUACUACAACUCAAUGGUCACAAAACAACUCAAAACGAGAUUUCGGAGCUUAAAUCGCUCCUUGAACGAAUGAAUGCAAAUCAUAUCUCUUCAACAAUUCGUUGUUGGCUUAUAGCCCCUGAUACAGCCAUCAAUCAUAACGCUGCAUGUGCGAAGCGCCAUACAGGUACGGGAUUAUGGUUUAUAAAUGGCAAUCAUUAUGCAAACUGGUUGUCACAACGCAAUUCCUUCCUCUGGAUCAAUGGUUUUGCAGGAUGUGGCAAGUCAAUCCUAUUCUCAGCUGCAGUUCAACAUACAUUUCGCAAGAAACAGCAUGAGCAGGGGGUAGGAAUCGCUUUUUUCUACUUUACCUUCAAAGACGAAUCCAAACAAGAAGCAUCAGCUAUGCUGCGGGCAUUAUUAUUACAGUUAUCUGGACAGCUUAGAGAUGGUGAAAGGGACCUUGAACAACUGCAUGACCGAUAUAAAUCUACAACUCCCCCAACAGAGGUGCUAAUUGCCUACCUUGAACGCAUGAUCCGGAGAUUCCACGACGUGUACAUUCUACUGGACGCGUUGGAUGAGAGCCCUCGAGAUAGCCGACGAGAGGACCUUUUGACUAUCAUAAAGGAGAUGCGCAAAUGGUCCUUUCCUGGCUUACACCUCUUAGCUACUAGCCGUGAUGAGUUUGACAUUCGCGAAUCUCUAGAUCCCCAAGACGAUCAGACGAUUAUCAUGAAGAACUCGGAAAUUGAUAGGGAUAUCGCCAAUUUUAUCACUUAUCAAUUGAAUAAUGAUUCAAGUCUUCGAAAGUGGGAACCACAUCAUGAGCAAAUUCGGAAAGCUUUAGCGGAACGUGCGCAAGGGGUAUUCCGUUAUGUUGAGUGUCAACUUAACGUUCUCAAACAAUUGCGCCUUCGGACUAAGCAUUGCCUGAACAAAUGUCUCUACUCGCUUCCUCAUGACCUGGAAGAAACAUACGAACGAAUUCUAUGCGGCAUUAAUGAGCACUGCGUUGAUGACGUACGGCGAAUAUUGACUAUGCUUUGUUUUUCUGCCCGACCGCUCACUGUUGCUGAAUUAAUUCACGGAUACGCAGUUGACCUCGAUGAGCCGCCCCAUCUUGAUCGUGAAGAUAGGUGUCUGGUCGACAUAGAAAGUCUUUGUGACAUUUGUCUUGGGCUGAUUGAAAUUGCACCGGAUGGAGAUGAAGGGCAGGAUAUUCUGACCGUUCAUAUUUCUCACUUCUCCGUGCAGGAAUACCUUCAAUCAGACCGAGUCCAGCAUUCGAAGGCAGCAUUUUUCGCAUUACAAGUUGGACCCUCUCAUACGGAGAUUGCACAAAUCUGUCUUGUCUACCUCUUGGAACCUAUGCUUUCUAAUAUAGAAGCAAAUGAGGAAAAUCUAAAGGAGUUUCCAUUGGCUUAUUUCGCUGCUAGGAACUGGUUCCACCACUACAAAAACUCCCUGGACGGAAAAUAUAAAAUAAAAAACCUGAUCCUAAAGCUAUUCAACGACAAGAACGGCUCCUUUCGGACUUGGAUAAGGCUACAUGAUGUGGAUCAGUCCUGGCCCAGAGGGGCUACUGAUGGUAUGGCAUCGCCGUUAUACUAUGCAUCCUUGUUAGGACUUGAAUGGAUCUUACGCGACAUGAUAGCUAUUGCACUAAAAGAUUCAAAAAGAAUCCUGGAUGUUGUAAAUUCCAGAGGCGGAAUAUACGGCAGUGCGCUCCAAGCCGCAUCAUCUCGAGGUUACGAAAAUGUGGUGCGGACUUUGCUAGAACAGGGCGCCGAUAUCAAUGCCCAAGGGGGAAAAUAUGCAAUGGUCAAGGGGGGGGCAUACGGCAGUAGUGCACUGCAGGCUGCAUGUUCUCGAGGUCAUGAAAAGGUGGUGCAGAUACUGCUAGAGCAGGGCGCCGAUGUCAAUGCUCAUAGGAGUGGGUACUGCAGUGCGCUCCAAGACGCAUCAUCUCGGGGUUACGGAAAAGUGGUGCAGGUGCUGUUAGAGCGGGGUGCAAAUGUCAAUGGUCAAGCGGGAGGAGCAUACGGCAGUCCAUUGCGGGCUGCAUGUUCUCGAGGUCAUGAAAAGGUAGUGCAGAUACUGCUAGAUUACGGCGCCGAUAUUAAUGCCCAAGUGAGAAAUACGGCAGUGCUCUCCAUGCCGCAUCUCGAGUUUACCAAUAAGACAGCUCGGAUGCGCAGCAAGCGGCAUCAUCGCGAGUUUACCAAAAAGAUGAUUCAGAAGCUGCGAGGGCAAGGCGUCGAUGUCAAUGCUCAAGGGGAAAAAUACGGCAGUGCACUACUGGCUGCAUGUUCUAGAGGUCAUGAAAACGUGGUUCAGAUGCUACUAGAUCACGGCGCCGAUGUUAAUGCUCAAGGGGAAGCAUACGGCAAUGCGCUCCAAGUCGCAUCAUCUGAAGGUUACGAAACAGUGGUACAGAUGCUGCUUGAUCACGGUGCCAAUAUCAAUGCCCGGGGGGAAAAGCGGGGCGCCGAUGUCAAUGUCCAAGGGGGGAAAUACGGUAGUUCACUACCGGCUGCAUGUUGUGGAGGUCAUGAAAAAGUGGUACAGAUGCUGCUAGAUCACGGUGCCGAUAUCACCCAAGGUGGAGAAUAUGGCAAUGCCCUCCAAGCCGCGUCAUCUGAAGGUUACGAAAAAGUGGUGCAGAUGCUGGUAAAUAAUGGUGUGGAAGGACAACGCAUCAAGUUGUAG